GUGACCCGUGUGGGUCACGAUUGAUGCGUAUUUUGAUUACGUACAUCAUAAUGUGCCUCGACGAGAAGUUCGUUCUUAGUAGGUUUAGUAAGCUACAGAUAAAGGAGUCAUGAAUAAAGUGGGACCAUUCUUAAAACAUGUUGCUCCUUAUCAAUUGCAAUAUAAUAUAAAUGUUUUAAAAAACUACUUCCCCCUUAUUCGUGAUCGUCACAAUGUGAAGUCUGCUUUAGAUGUUGGGUGUGGUCCUGGAGAUUUGACGUCCGCUGUUUUCCAGUUCGUAGAACAAGAUAUUAACGAAAUGAUCGGUAUUGACAUCUCCCCCGUAAUGGUCGAUUGGGCUAACAAAGCUUACGGAGGCGAUCGAAUAUAUUUUUCGAAGGUUGAUGUACAAACUAUACCUAAAAAUUUUGAAAAUCGAUUCGACUGCAUAUUUUCUUUUUGGACACUACACUGGAUUGCCGAUCAAAGUGUGAAUAUGCACCAAGCUCCUUUUCAAAAAUCCGCAAACCCCCAGAGAGAAUUGGUCAAGAUUCUAGAGCACGUGGGGUUUAAGGAUAUUUCUUGCAACGUAGAAACAGUCCGUUUUGGGAAGUAUACCGAAAACGACAUAGCAGGCUUUUUCUUUGCAUUAAGUCCAUAUUAUGAUUACAUUCCAAUAAAUCUACGGAUGGAAUUUAUUCGAGAUCAUGUUCACCUGGUAGACACAGAGCAAGAUGCAAGUGGUCAGAGACACUAUUACUUCGAUCACACCAUGUUUGUAGUACAUGGCUGUAAAAUACCAUAGCUAUAAAAUGUCAAUGAAUGAUUAAUCCUGUAACCAUACCAGUGGAUGUCAUAAUAAUCACGUUUGCGUUCUCAGUGAAACUUAGUACAUAUUCAUUAUUUCA